CUUGACCGUCCCUUUCCUCCUCCAGCAGAAAUCGGUCAAUUCGAAGAAGCCCCGUUAUCGUCCCAGCUGCACGCAUGAUCUUCGGCUGCCCCAUCUCACACAGCAUUCUGGCCGGGCGGCGGACGAGCAUUGCCAAUUGGUCUCACUACGCGACCACAACGAGCCAUCGUCUCAUCUCAAAUACAAUACUCCGGCGCCCAGGACAUUUGGGCUUGCAUACUGCACGCACGCACGCCCGCACGCACGCACGCACGCACAACUAAAUCUGUUGCAUAUGAGCCCACACGCCUGCUGCUGAGGGGGCAGAUCCUCACAUCAUCUGAGCACAAUACAGUUCUCUCGUUCUGAUCAUUAUCAUUGCCGCCAUUGACACUAUAUAUCGCCACCACUGCGAGCGAGUUGCCCUUCGCACUUGCAAACGCUUUGAACGACAGGCUUGGCACGAACACUCGAUGUCUCGACCAACACCCGUGCAGCCACCACCUUACGACGAUCCGAGAGCAAUGGCACACAUGCAGCGCGCCUCGGCAUUCCCUCCACCACAACACUAUUAUGAACGACCAGAGCAGCUGCGAUCAUCUGGUCCGCAGUUGCCUCCCAUUCAUGCCAUGCCGCCAACACGAUCUGGAUUCGAUGCCAGUGGUCACCCCGUACAGCUCCCGCCGAUGCAGGUACCUCAUCACACUUCUCUAUCUCCCGGAAGAGCGCCCUCACGAUCGAUACCAGUGUCGCAGCUGUUGACUAGCCCGCCAUCUCCUCCACGAUCUCAGCAGCCGGUGGCAGUCAAUCCAGGCCGGCCAACGUAUCAGGCGCCCGCAAGUGUCUAUAGCAACUCGCCUUCGGAGCUCCGCACGCCGCCCCAACGGUUACCGCACAUGUCCCACAAUCGCCUGGAGCAAGCGCCUGUGCAGCAUCGGCAUCCAUAUCCACAACAACAACAACCACAACAACAAGCAGUGCAGUAUCAGUAUCAGCAGGAUGCAUGUGGUCAGACGGCGGCUAGUUCCGAGUACAAUGCAUCCCAUCACUACAGUCCCUCGAUGAGUGUGUAUUCCUCUCCGAGAAGCUAUCCCCAGUCACAAGCAUCGCCGCGACCGCCUAUAGCUCCUGCAAGCCAGACAGUAUCUGCUCCGAAGCCGAAGCCGAAACCCCAACCUCCUCCACACAACUACAACCUCACGAUACGACAACAGCCCGCAGCAGCUCGUGCAUGUGGAUUUGGCGAGCGCGAUCGCCGAGUCAUAGAUCCUCCUCCGAUCCUCGAGAUGAAGAUUACAGACCGCAAUGGCUUACCAGAGCAGGAUCUCAAUGGCAUGCUUGCACUACACUGUACUCUGAUCAAUUCUGAUGGCGGCGAUGACGAGACGGAGCAAGCACCCGCUGUGCCCGACAUGCCCUCCACACGCCGUCUCAUGGGAACCCUGGUAGCCUCGCCAUAUCAAGCCAAGGAUGAAAACGGCAUUGCGGGCACCUUCUUCGUCUUCCCCGAUCUGAGCUGUAGAUCUCCGGGCAGAUAUAGACUCAAAUUCAAGCUCAUUCGCGUCGAUGGUACCAACAUGACAUGCGUCACGACCCAUGGAAGCGUGGUCUCCGAAGUCUUUAGUGUGUAUACCGCAAAGGACUUUCCCGGCAUGCGAGCCAGCAGUUCAUUGCUCAAGGCGCUGCGUCGACAGGGCUUGAAUGUCGGCGUGAAGAAGGGAUCGGAGGCGCGCAAGGGGAAGGCGAAGACGAACAAGUCCCACGACCACUCGGCAUCAUCGGACGAAGAAGGCAGCGAUGACUCGGAGAGCGGUUCGGGAAGCACGAGUCCCAAGGCAAAGUCUUCCAGCAAGAAAGGGAAGAAGAGAAGAAGGGAUUGAAAAGAAAAAAAAAUCAUUGGGAGAGAAAGAGACUAGUAGAGUACGGCAGAACUCCGACCCAACUCAGACUUUGACGAUGAUGACGAUGAUGAUGCGAGAGGCGAUCGAGUGAACAGGUCAGCACCGCCUCUUGGUCUGAUAUCACUAUAUAUGUAUGUGUGUAUGUAUGUGCGAUGUAUGUGCGAUGUGUGUGUGUGCGUGUGCGUGUUGUGUACGGGGCAUAAUUGAAGCAGGCUACUAUACUAUACAGUACCUACCUUACCUAGUACCUGUAUUAGGUACCUUAAUUCAC